AUGAGUAGACCGAAAGAUCUACAGACCAGUGCCAAUGAUAGGGAGAUAGUAGAGUUGAAUGAUCAACUUGAAACUCAUGAAAGUACAUUUGAUAAUGAGAAUGUUGAAACUCUUCAAGUGAGGAGAAGUUCUAGGGAAAGGAAAAUUAGGAAUCCUCUAGAUGACUUCAUAAUAUAUUUAGUUGAAGGGUCUAGGGAUGUCCUUAGUUCCACUACUCCAUAUUGUUUCAAUGUGGAUAGUGACCCAAAGACUUAUAGCGAGGCCAUAUCUUCCCAAGAUAUUCGGAGGGUCUUGAGGUACCUUAAGAGUACGUUAGAUUAUGGUCUAACUUAUAGUGGAUUUCCUUCGGUUUUAGAAGGAUUUUCGGAUGCUAGUUGGAUCACUGACAAAGAGGAUGACUCUUCUAAACAAACUUGCAUUGUGGAUUCCACUAUGGCAGCGGAGUUUAUAGCUCUUGCUUCAGCUAGUGAAGAAGCUGAGUGGUUGAGGAAUCUCAUGAUAGAAUUACCUUUAUUGCCAAAGUCAAUGCCACCGGUGGCAAUCCAUUGUGAUUCCAAUUCGGAGUUGAUAAAGGCUUAUAGUCAAGUGUACAAUGGUGUUAAUUCAAUCCGUAGGGACAUUGACAUUGAUGCAUAA